UAAAAAUGGAAUCAGGAAAACCUGAAGAUGAACAAUCGGAAAUCAUAAAUUCCCAAGUACAUCCUCCAAGUAUUGGCCAAAGCCGCACAGUUAUCGCUACCAUAGUGUAUCUUGCACUUCUCGUUGAUAAUAUUUUACUAACGGUUAUAGUACCCAUUCUACCGGAUUAUCUGGCCACAAUUAACAACAAAUCCCUGCUCGACAUUAGUGAAACCAAUCAACAACAGCUGCUUAUUCAAAAUCUUGCCUAUCGUAACUUAGAUUCACAUCAUGCUCCAGUGGCGAUUAUGACAAAGCAUCCGAUACCUGGAAAAUCUCUAGUCAAUUUCACAGUUGUCGAGGAUAAAGUAAUUAUAGCACCUGUUGUAGGAGAUGGUUCAUCGUCACUUUUAAGCGAGAACAACGAAAAUGAUACUUUGGCAAGUGAAAAUGGUUCGAUUGGGAUCCUUUUGGCUAUGAAGGCAUUAGUUCAACUUAUUUUCAAUCCUAUCGUUGGGGGUAUGUCUAGUAAAUUUGGAUAUCGAUUGCCAAUUGUGUUUGGAACAUUUUGCCUGCUUAUAUCAGCUUUGGUUUUCGCAAUCGGUGAAACAUAUGUUACAUUAUUGAUUGCACGUUCUGUACAAGGUGUUGGAUCAGCUUGCAUUGGAGUUUGUGGAAUGAGUUUAGUUGCACAGCUCUAUCCUGAAGAGGAUAAACGUUCAAAGGUAAUGGGCAUAAUUUUGGGUAGUAUUGCACUUGGAGUACUGCUGGGAUAUCCUUUUGGUAGUAUUCUCUAUGACCUUGUGGGAAAAUCAUCUCCAUUCAUUAUUCUUUCAACUUUGAUAUUUCUUAAUUUAGGAAUGCAAUUGUUGACAAUGGAUUUAUCAGUUCAACCUGAGGUAACUCUUGAAGCUGGCCAACCCAAAUGGCGUCCAAUUUUCGAAAGCAAAAUGAUAUUAGCCAUUGUAGUGGCUAUUUUAGUAUCGACAUCUUCGAUGGCUAUUUUAGAACCAUGUUUACCAAUUUGGCUAAUGGAACACCUUAGACCAUAUAAAUGGCAACUUGGCACUGUAUUUAUUCCCGAUUCGGUUGGAUAUUUUAUUGGAACAAACUUUUUUGGUACUGUGGCUUAUAAUUUUGGACAGAUAAAAGUUUCUUGCUUAUCGUUGUUGUUGGUUGGAAUUGCAUCAAUUUUGAUCCCAAGUGCUACAACAGUUCCUCAACUACUACUGCCUCAUUUCUGUUUGGGUCUUGGAAUUGGUAUAAUUGAUGCUGCAUUGGUACCACUUCUUGCAUCGUUUGUCGAUAUUAGCUUAGGUGAUGAUCAAGUACCAGCAAAGGAUUUAAUGUCAAGCUAUGGAACUGUCUAUGCCAUCCAACAGACUUCUGUUAGUCUUGCAUAUUGCUUGGCGCCAUUACUUGGUGGAGAACUUGUCCAAGCAAUGGGUUUCACUUGGUUAAUGCGAUUGGUAGGAUUGUGUAAUAUUGUUUAUGGACCGUUAUUGGUUUUGCUUUAUAAUAAAUAUAAUCCAAAGUUUACAGCUGAAAAAGAUAAUCAAAUGUUACUUGAUACAUCCGGGAAUGGUCCGGGUUCCCAUUAUAAAAAGCUUUAUAAUUCAGUUGAAUAGAAAGUUCUAAUGCAGAUUGAUUUGAAAGGAUAUGUUAUAAAUAAGAUGUGUUGUAUGAUGUUAAUUUUUAAAUGUUUUUUAAACUUGUUGUUUUUAUUUUUAAAAAUAAAUACUAUUAAUAAAUGUA